AUGACAGUGUUGUUUGUUUUUUAUACAGCUAGGGAGAUAUGGGUCGAUCUUGAAGAACGUUUGUCACAAGGAAAUGCACCUCGAGUGCAUCAACUAAGAACUGAGAUAGUGAAUACGCAGCAGAAAGAUAUGUCAAUUGCUGCAUAUUACACAAAGCUUAAGGGACUUUGGGAUGAGUACAACGCUUAUUCUCAAAUUCCGCCUUGCACUUGCGGUUCGGCCAAAGCAAUUGCUGUUGAGAAAGAAAAAGAAAAGGUUCAUCAAUUCUUGAUGGGAUUAAAUGAAAAAUAUAAUGUGGUGAGAUCUCAAAUCCUAAACACUGAUCCUCUUCCUUCGCUAGCCCGAUCUUAUGCACUUGUUUCGCAAGAAGAAAAGCAACAACAAAUUGCAACGACAAGAGGGGCAACCAUUGUUGAAGCAGCUGCAUUUGCUGCAUCCAAAAACAACCUGAAGGCUGUGACACGAAGCAACAAUGGUAACCGAGACACAUCAAAGCUGUAUUGUGAACAUUGCAAGAAAAAUAAACACACAAAGGAGACAUGUUUUGAAUUACAUGGCUACCCGGAUUGGUGGGAAAAGAACAAAACCAAAUCGACACGAGGAAAGAUGGCAAAUCAAACACAAACCAUGAACACGACAGGACAAUCAACUGGAUCUCCAAUCGGCGGCCUCACCAAAGAACAGUAUACCCAACUCAUGUCUUUGCUGAAUCUUGACAAGACACAGAACUUGAAUCCAAUUGCAAAUUUUGCUGGACCUAGCCACGAGGAAGCUGAUUGACAUGGGUGAGCUUAAGGAUAGUCUUUAUUAUUUCAGGG